AUGUCGGUGUCCCCGCUGAUCCCGGGCAACAGCAUCUGGUCCACCAAUGCAUCUUCGGCCAAGCAAGAGCGCGACGCUCAGUCCAUCCUCGGAACCUCCGCCGGUGCGAACAAGGCCGGCAUCGAUGCCAGCGGACACGAGCUCUCGGCCAGCGACCGCGCCGAGGUGAUGCGUGCGGGAGCACAUCCUCUGCCCUCAAAGCCUGUCGGACCAGCCCGAAGCAAUUCGGCCGUCUCGGUCAAGAGCGCUGACGAGGGUGCGCGGUCGGCGGACUCGGCCAUCGUCAAUGCCGCAGCCAAGCCGGGCGUCAUCGGAGGUGCUCGCACCGCCGCCACCACCGGCUCCCUCCGAGGCGCAAAGCACGUCGAUGUGAGCCGCUCAAACAGCCUGGCGGCUUCCGUACAGAGCUUCCGCACCGCCAAUUCGAGCUCUCCACUCCCCAUGCAAUCUCGCGACUACCCCAACAACGCUCUGCACCCGCAGCAACGCGGCCUCAACCCUCUCCAGUCACCUUCCAUUCAGGACAACGGCAACGCUCACUUGCACGACUCCGGCCGUCAUACUGGCUCCGAGUCCGAGUUUGGCACCCCUCGCCUCUUUGUAGACGCCCAGCACGCCUUUGAUCCUGCAUCGGCAUCUUUCAGCCGAUCUCCCUCAACCUCCAGUCACGUUGGCUCCGGCUUCAACCUUGGCAGGCCUCGUCCCAACUCGUGGAUGCAUCCAGCGAGCCACGACAAAUCCUUCGAGUCCAAUAGGGCGUUCACCCGCGAUGCUGCUGAUGCUCAGUCCUCGCGACCCGCCAGCAGCCACGGCGAUCGUCGCGACCGUCUUCCCAACCAAACCGAUGAUAUGGAUCCUGCCUUUGUCUCAGCGGUGGCCGGCAAGCGCUCCGUGUCGGCGACCUACGGUGCAGCCCCUUUCAACGCUCCAAACCCAUCUGCAAAUGACUCGCUGACUGCCGCAUCUCUGCCCAACGCCGGAGGGCGUAGCUCGCGUUCGGACCGCCAUGCUGGACCUGGGCGUGCAACGCCCAAUUUGGUAGUGCCCAACUACAUGAAUCUUUCCGGCGGUCUUCUGUCGCCCACGGCUGCCACGAUUGGCAGUGCAGGUGCUUCAGGUGUCCACUCGCCCAUCGGCAGCCCCCUGUCCGGCUCUGGCUUUCCUAGCCCUUCGCCCAAUCGUUCCGUUUCCGUCGGCAACAUCUUCGACAGGCACUCUGCGCCCGCUGAUGAUGCGCUCGCCGAGUCGCCACUCAUCAAAGAGAUGCUCGAACGGCUUACGCGCGUCGAGAGUGGUAUGAAGGACUUUUCGCGCCAAAUCUCCGGCAUCUCCCGAAACGUGUCGCUCCUCCUCGAGCGAACAAAGGCAUUGCCACCAGCGAGCCUGUCCGGCAGCGGAGGCAGCGCGGCUCACGGAGGCGCGCCUGCCGUCGCCAACAGCUCGGACGAGGUGCGUGCCCUCAACGCACAGGUUAGCGCUUUGGCAAACAGCGUGGCGCACCUGCUCACCCUGCAGGGUGGUGGCAUCGGCGGUGCCAAUAUCGGCAGGGCCCCUACACCCACCGGCCUGGGUCUCGGCCCCGCUAGCGGCUUGCUCGGCACUCCACAGAUGGGCGCUCCGGGCGGUAUGGAGCGUGCCACCUCCCCACGCAUCGGAGCGAACGGCGGUGGCCAAUUUGGCAUGGGUCCGAACGGCUCGUUCCCGCAGUCGGGUGCACUGAGUCCCCGUCCUGGCGGCAAUGGUCGCAAUUGGAAUGCGCCCAACAGUCGCAAUGGACAGGACCCUGGCCCCGACCGUCGAUGGAACCAGGCAAAGCCGCCCGCCAAUUCUCGCAAGGAGCAAUCUGGCGUGAGCACCCUUGGUGUCACGUCAGCGCCUGGUCUUGAUGACGGCACAAGCGCCAAUGGCACGUUGCAGACCGGCACCGGCCACGUCCAGCCCAACGCUAUCGUGUCCAAGUGGGAGCACUUGAACCUGCAUCCAGACUUGCUCCGCUCCAUCCUCAAGUAUGGCUUGGGCCCUCCGAACAAGAUUCAGCAGCGCGCUCUGCCUUUCCUCUUGCGCGGCAGCGACAUCAUCGCACAGGCUCCCCCGACCCAGGAACGCAUCGCGUCGUACGUGAUUCCUUCCCUGCAGCUUGUCCUCAACGUGCUCAACGAGACCGGCGGUCCCGGACAGACGGCUUCGAACCGCGGUCCUGUUGCGCUCAUUGUUUCCACCACGGUGGACCAGGCUACCCAAGCUCAGCGCAUGGCUCUUGGACUGGGCGCACCGCUGGGCAUCCGCGUGCACAUGGUCGCCGCCAACAGUAUCGACGUGCACCAGGAGGCUCAAUACCUCAUCCAAGCUUGGCCGCACCUCGUGGUCGGAACUCCGCAGAAGAUGAGCGAGCUCUUCACCUACAUGACUAGCAAUGCCUCCUCCCUCAACGUCCAUGGCAGCGGACCAGCCGCCUCCGCGAUGAGGCCGAGCGAGGUGCGGCUCGUCGUGCUGGACGAAGUCGAUCAGCUCAUCGCCAGAAACCUGGCUGAUCACGUCAGCACCAUGCUUCGCGUCUUGCCUCUGCCUUCUGCGCCCGCUGGCCUGGUCGGUGACGCCAGGAUGGCUGGCGCGCUCAGCCCUGGUCUGCCUCAGGGCGCUCCGAACGGCGCUUCAUCGCCAUUCGAGCAGGCGACGGACAGUUUCGGCGGCUCAGCCAGUGGUCCCUCGACGAUGGACCGCCAAGUUGCGCUUUUCUCCAAUACCGUUCCGCAGGAUGUGCUCAACUUUGCGCAGUCGAUCCACCUGCGAGAGUCGGUGCGUGUGCUCGUCCGACGCGACGGUGCCGGCGGUGCGGGCAGCAGUAUCCUGCAGGCACCUUCCAGCGGCUCCAACGUCAACGCUCAGAGCAAUCUCGGCUCGGGAAUGCAAGCGCCAGGCCCUCAGCGGGAUGUGUCGCAGCCGUCCAACGCGCUCGGUGCUCAUCCCGUCAACUCGAGCAUGAGCGCAUCGAAAGACCCUCUGCUUGCCGCCCUUAAGGGGCUGCGACAGUACUACCUGUACGUGGCCGUCACGUCCAACGGCGGCGGCAUGGGCGCCACCAGUCCGAUCCCAGGCCUCACUCACAACCCCGCGGGCGAGAUGAAACUCGACCUUAUCUCGGAUCUGCUGGAAGACAUCGACUUUGGCCAGACGGUGAUCUACUGCGCCAACAUCGCGAUCCAGGAGGCGCUCAUCUACAAGCUCUCGUCCAAGGGAAUCGAGGCGCUGGGACUGAACCGCGAGAUGAACACGUACACGCGCCAGCAGACGCUCGCCAAGUUCCGUUCGCCCUCGUCGCAGUUUGGCACACACACCAUGAUCGGCAGCGCUACAUUUGCCCAGCCGGGCGGCUUUGUGGGUGUGGCUGCGGGAAGCAGGACGCGCAAGGCGCUGGUGGUGUGCGAUCUCGCGGUGAAUCCAAAGGAGGUCCACCAGAUCCCGCUCAUCCUCUUCUACGACAUGCCCCGCUCUGUCGAGGAGUACAAGGAGAAGAUCAGCUGUGCUGCCGCCGGAUCGCUCGCAAGGCCGAGCGUGUGCGUCAAUGUGGUCACUGCCUCGGGCGGCCCGCGUGGCGACGUCGAGAUGCUCCGCACGCUCGAGUGCCACCUCGGCUGCAAGAUGGCCGAACUCCCCAUGGAUUCCAAGCAGAUCCUCAACUUUUGA